UAAAUGAAAAAGACCAAAUAGGACUCAUUUCCACUUUUCACCCUAUAAAAUGACUUGUAGGAAAGAGAAAUGGGUGGAUGAACUCUUGAAACCAGACGGCGCAAAUGAUGGAUGGUGGUACUGUUAACUGCUAGGGCAUUUUGUACUUUGCCAAGGAACUAGGGUUUUAGCUCUCCAAAAUCAGGAAUCAGGAAUCAGGAAUGGACAUUGGGACACUAUAUCUCUUCUUUGUGUAGAAAUUGAACUAGAAAAAAUGUCAGUUGUAGUUGCCAAUAAGAAACUCAAGAGAGAAAUCCCACCACCACAACCACCACCAUGGUCUGAUCUUAACCUUGACAUAUUGAUUUGCAUCAUGGGACGCCUUUGUUAUGUGGACCAGAUUCAUUUUCGUGUUGUUUGCAAGAAUUGGAGACUAGUUUCUGGUGUGAAGCCUAUAGAUAAACUCCCUUGGGUUCUGACAUUGAAUUUCAAUUGCAAGCAUGAUUAUUAUCCCAUAACCCUCCAUGAUCCAUCUAGCUGCAUUACAUAUGAGCUUGGUCAUGAAAUCGAUCGGUCAAGUUUGCCUGGGUUUGGCAAACUACAAGUCUGUGGUGCAGGAAAGAACGGUUGGUUGCUUGUAGCAGAGAUUUCACCUAACAUUGGUUUUGACUCUAAUAUUUACCUCUACAAUCCUUUCAACGAUUGGGCGGCUAUCAAUUUACCCCAUUUGACUAGCUCUAGGAUUAAAGCCACGUUUGGUGGUACCUCUGAUCUAACAUCCAAAGAUUGUUUGUUUUUGGCGGUGCAUGAUGUUGGAGAGGAUCAAGAGGGAAUGAGGAUUAGCACUUGCCGCCAUGGUGAUAGAAAGUGGACUAAACAGUUUACAGAUCGACGUAGUAGGGAGAUAGUAAUUGGUGUGUUCCAUGUCAAGGGUAUCUUCUUCUGUGUCUUCAAAAGUGGAAUUCUAGGUUCAUUCAACCCAAAUACCAAAAUUUGGAGCUUGCUGAUUACUUCGGAAAACAUGGAUUUAGUGGAGUUACAAAACCUAGCAGCUUUUGAAGCUAGUGUUGUUGAGUCUGAUGGAGAGGUGUUUCUAGUGUACUGGAAGCGGGGGUAUAAGCCUUGGCACAUUUACAGGCUAGAUUGGUUGCAAAUGAAAUGGGUGAAGCAGGUUAGCUUGGGUAAAAGAGUGUUAUUUCUUGGUGACAUCUCGUUGUUGUAUUCUGCUGAUGGUGAAAUAAAGGAUUUAGCUGAUCGUAUCUAUUAUCAGGGUUUCAGGAAAUCUUACUUCUAUCCAAUCAAGUCCGGUAUUGGUAAGCUCCGCAGCAAUGCAUUGAUACGCCAGUCAUGCAUACAUUAUGAGGCACGCAGCGAUCAUAUGCUCAGAGUUUGGAUUGAACCACCAACGCUAUACAGAGAGGCAGCAUGAAUUAGUUGCAGAUGAUACGCCAGACUUCAAUGUUAGCAAGUAGUAGAAAUAUUAGAAUGAAGUACUCAUCGGUGUAACAAAUCCCUUUUCGAUCUGUUUAAUUGUUUGUUUGCUUAUUUUGAAUAUAAUCUUGUAUUUUGAGGAGAAGCAUUCAUCUUUCAAGGUUUAUACUUUUGUCAUAUAUGCAUGGUUGUGUGACUUGUGGCAACCAUUUCCAGUUUGUUCCGGUUAGUCAGAACAUGCAAGUCAUGGUUUUAUAAGGGCACAGGGUCUUGCUUCUUGUGCUGUAAGCUAUGAACAACUAACUGAUCCAGCUA